CGGGCCCGGGAGCGGCGGCAGCGGCCGGAGCCCGGUGAGGCGGCGGCGGAGCUUGGAGGCGGCCCCAGCGCAGCCCCCCCUGAUCUGUCACUCGUCUGUCUCCUGGACACUCUCGGGUACCCAAUCAAUCCCCGGUGCCGCCGCCACCCAAGGGAGCCGAUCACCCAAACUGGGUGAGGCACCUUCAGCUCCACUCACUGCCCGCUGGCCCAGACGGUGGAAGGAAUUCCAGAGGAGCCCCAAGGAUUCUUCAUUCCCAAGGAGUGGCCAGAUGGAGGAGGAGGAAAAGCCCCUGAGAUUCCGCACGAGGAGGGGCUGCAAACCCAGCGCAGGGAGCUGCAAGGAGCAAAGACCCCCCCUGUGCCAGGAGGGCGGCCGGAGAUCCAGCCGGAGCUCAGAGCUGGUGGAGAAGCCUCAUGGAGGGGAGAAGCCCCACAAGUGCUUGGAAUGUGGGAAGGGUUUCAGCCGGAGCCUGCACCUGAUCCAGCACCAGAGGAUCCACACUGGGGAAAAGCCUUAUGAGUGUGGGGAAUGUGGGAAGAGCUUCAGCCACAGCUCCAGUCUGAUGAAACACCAGAGGAUCCACACUGGGGAAAAGCCUUAUGGGUGUGGGGAGUGUGGGAAGAGCUUCAGCCAGAAGGGCAGUCUGGUACAACACCAGGUGAUCCACACUGGGGAUCGACCCUAUGAGUGUGAGGAAUGUGGGAUGAGCUUCAGCCAGAGCUCUGGCUUGAGGAAACACCAGAGGAUCCACACUGGGGAAAAGGCCUACAAGUGUGGGGAAUGUGGGAAGAGCUUCAGAGAAAGCUACAACCUGAUCCAGCACCAGGUGAUCCACACUGGGGAAGGGCACUACACCUGCUUGGAAUGCGGGAAGAGCUUUGGAUGGAGCUCCAGCCUGAAAUACCACCAGCGCACCCACACUGGGGAGAGGCCCUAUGAGUGUCCUGAGUGUGGGAAGAGGUUUAAGACCAGCUCCAGUCUCCUCAGACAUCAGCAGAUUCACACAGAGGAGAGGCCCUUCCGCUGCCCCGACUGUGGGAAGGGCUUCAAGCAAAACUCAAACCUCAACAGGCACCAGCACAUCCACACUGGGGUAAGGCCCUAUGAGUGUCCUGAGUGUGGGAAGAGCUUCUCCAGUAGCUCAACCUUGACUGGACACCAACGGAGAUACCACUAAAGGAAGCCCUGCUAGUGCCCAAAGAGCAGGAAGAGCUUCGUGCACUGCUUCAGCUCCAUCCUCCAUGGGUGGAUCAGCAUUGGAUGAUCCCCAAUGACCCCCGUUGGGCAGAGCCCUGGUGUUCCAUGGUCCUGGUGAUCUGUGUUGGGAAGACACCUGGCUGGGAUGCUCCGCAUCUUCCUGGCUCCCCGUGGGCACCUGGGUGAACACAGUGGCAGGAACAUCCAUCGGGACACAGACUGACAUUGGGAAUUCUUUGGGCAGAACAGAUUUGUUGACUCUGAACCCCAGAAAAUAUUUUGUGUUCAGUCCUAUCUUCUGGGGGCAUCGAGGAAUACUGGAUGGUCUUGGAGAUAUUUUCAAACUUCAAGGAUUCCAGGAUUUUGAUUUCCUGUUGCCCAAGGAUGUCUUUCGCAGCCAUAUGGUGAAUAACUGGGGCAAAGACCAAGAUUUUGGAGACAGUGGGGUGAAAAACCCUCCCCAAAAAGGUUCUUCCCUCCCACCCAAGCAUGUGGAUCCUCAGCUGGCACGGAAAUGGAAAUCCUUUUCUUUUGGUUUUGAUUUGGUUUUCAUUUCUCUUCAUCUCUUUAAAAUAUCCAACACUGGGGUCAAAAUAAAGACAUUGAACUAAGACAUGGGUGAGAACAUGGGGGGACAUAGACAUGGAGAAUAACAUGAGAACACAUGGAUUUUGAGGGGGAUGUGGCCAUUUGUGGGGACAUGGGGGUACGGGCACAGAUGGAGACGUUGGGGACUAUGACAGGGAUGGAAGCAUGGUGAGAAGAGGAUGCACUGCUUGGCUCUGCAAAUCCAACCCUGACUAGCUCCUUGGAGCCAGUGGUAGUGCUAGGAAACGGGAGCUACCUGAGGAAUGCGUCUGCCUCAGGCAAGACCUUUAGGGCAUCCAGUCCCCAAGGGGUAGAUUAAGCUGCAUCCAGGAUCAAGUGAAGGAGAACAAGGAGGCCCUCAAUAUGGAUUCCAUCAAGGAGUUUAUUAGGGCUGAAUGUUCCAGGGAGAGAGAGCAGGGAACAAAGGGUGACAGGGAUUUUUAAGCAGGGGUGGAGCAAGGGGUGGAUACAUUACAACAUCAAUAGUGACACAAUGGGGGAGGGUCAUGGGGAGGGGCCCAUAAAACUCUGGCCAAUAGGGGAAUAUAAGGGGUGGUUACAAUUCUGGGGAUCCAAGGGGGCAUCAAGGAAAGGAGAACUUUGGCAACUAGGGGUAGGUGUAAUAGACUGACAACUGAGGGGAUGGAACAAACAGGGAUUGACAUACAUUUUUCUGGAAUAAAGGAGGGAACAAACUUAGGGCAAAACCAAUUGUCCGGGAGUCAAGGGAAAUCAGGAACAAACCAUUAGGGAAGCCAAGCACCACAACAGGGAGACAGCCAUGGGUGAGGACAUGGUGGGAUAUGGCCAGUGACAUGGCGACAUGGCCGUGGCCAGUGACA